UGCCAACGUCGAAGCUUUUCGAGUCAAGUCCAGCCUCGUUUUGGCCAGAGCCGGGCCUGGGCAAGGCUGCCGGAUUGCCGAGUCCAACAGAAGGAUGAAGCCAGAAGCCUAGGGUAGGACGAGGAUAUAUAACAGCCCGGGGCCCCGGAAGAGGAGGGGAAUAUGGGGAAAAUUUUGUUCGUCUUCGGUUUCUACAGUGUACAGUUCUUUUUGAACCUUCUUCGGCAGCUGUAACCAACUUUGAAGGAGUUAUUGGAGAGGCACGUUGAAGAGAGAGGAUUGAGCUGCCGAGGUCAAAGGCUACCACGGAACUUUGACUACCAGAGCCUUCUGUGAUCCACCACCUCACCAUGGCAACUCCGGGCACUUUCUCCAACCCCCCGCGCGAGGACUUGGACUUGGACGAGAAGGCGCGCGAAGCAUACGAACAAGGACAUGAUGUCGACUUCACGGACCCUAAUGCUCACACCUCUGUGGCCCAGGAUGUUGAUCUGGAGAAGGGCGUCCCAAGCAAAGUCGGCUCGACGAACAGCGACGAGCGGACCUUGAAUGGAGAUGCACAUGCUGGAGAGGGCGAGGUACCAGAAGAGAUAGAUCCAAACAUCGUCGACUGGGAUGGCCCCGAUGACCCAGAGAAUCCGCAAAACUGGCCCGAGAGGAAGAAGUGGAGCAUGAUCGCUGCCCUGGCUGCUGUCACGCUCGUCACUCCUCUUGGAUCAUCCUUUUUCGCACCCGGCGUCCCACAUGUCAUGGCUGCCUUCCAUGAAACCUCGAACCUCAUGGCCUCCUGGGUCGUCUCCAUCUACGUCCUGGGCUUCGCUAUAGGGCCCCUAAUCAUCGCUCCACUCUCCGAACUCUACGGCCGCUUCUGGAUCUACAACAUUUGCAACGUCGUCUUUGUCCUCUUCACCCUUGCCUGUGGCUUGAGCACAAGCAUGGGCAUGCUGACGGCCUUCCGCUUUCUUGCAGGUUGCUCGGGCGCCGCCCCCUUGACCCUUGGUGGCGGCACCAUAGCAGACAUGUUCCCCCGCGAGAAGCGUGCGGGUGCAAUGGCCAUCUGGGGCAUGGGACCGCUCAUCGGACCCGUCGUCGGUCCCGUAGCCGCAGGCUUUCUCGUCGACGCAAAAGGCUGGCGUUGGGUCUUCUACGUGCUGGCCAUCUGCUCCGGCGCCUUCUCCCUCCUCCUCCUCACCUUCAGCCGCGAGACCUAUGCUCCCACCCUGCUCGAACGCAAGGCCGCUCGCCUCCGAAAGGAAACGGGCAACCCCCACCUGCGCUCCAAAAUGGCGCUCGACAUUCCUCCCCGCGAAGUCUUCAUCCGCGCCAUCGUCCGCCCCAUGAAGAUGCUCUUCUUCUCCCCCAUCGUGCUCCUCAUGUCCCUCUACGUCGCCGUCAACUACGGCGUCCUCUACCUCCUCUUCACCACCAUCACCUUUGUCUUCCAGAAGCAAUACCGCUUCUCCUCGUCCAUGGUCGGCCUCUCCUUCCUCGGCUCGGGCAUCGGCAUGCUCGCCGGCAUGGUGGUCCUGGGCAUCCUCUCGGACAAGAUCAUCCAGAAGAAGAUCGCCAAAGGCCAAGUCAAGCCCGAACACCGUCUCCCCAUCAUCCUCACCCUGCCCGGCGGCGUCGCAUUACCGAUUGGCAUCUUCAUCUACGGCUGGACCGCCUACUACAAGGUGCACUGGAUCGUGCCCAUCAUCGGGACGGCCUUUGUCGGCCUGGGCAACCUGACGAGCAUGAUGACGAUCCAGACGUAUCUCGUCGAUGCCUUUACGAUCCACGCGGCGAGCGCCAUUGCCGCGAAUACGGUCCUGAGGAGUGUGUUUGGAGCCGUGCUGCCUCUCUGCGGACUCAGCAUGUACGAUUCGCUGGGGCUGGGCUGGGGGAACAGUCUACUGGGCUUCAUUGCGUUGGCGUUGAUUCCGGUGCCCGUCCUGUUCCGCAUGUAUGGGGAGAGGAUCCGGACGAAUCCGCGGUUCCAGGUCAAGUUGUAGGAAAGUUCACGUUCAUACGCACACAGGGUUUCCUCUUACAUUUCUUUUGACGGGUACAUGCAUAGGCAUUAGCAGGCGUUGGCUAUGGGCACGGAGACUGUGAUAUUAUUUGUGCCACGCUCCUCUUGUACAAGAUGGUGUAACUUAUGACGUGUGUAUAUACCCCUUGCCUCGUUUAUUCAAUUCUUAAACAUUUGUCUUUAUAAUCUCAUCGUGUAUCCUCUUUCUAGGCAGGGAAAGACCUUCCAGCAUCACACAUCUGAUGCAUCACGUCACUAGUGAAGGAA